AUGGUGAGGCUGCUGUUGUGUUGGCUUGUGAUAGUGGCUGUGGCGGUGGUGUUCAGUGGCGCCGUUCCUGGUGGCGAAGUGACUUACGAUGGCAGAUCUUUGAUCAUUGACGGCCAACGGAAAAUUUUGUUCUCUGGUUCUAUUCAUUAUCCUCGAAGCCCUCCUGAGACAUGGGCAUCUUUGAUAAGCAAAGCCAAAGAUGGAGGGCUAGACGUGAUUCAAACCUAUGUGUUUUGGAACCUUCAUGAACCUCAACCAGGCCAGUAUGAUUUUAGUGGAAGAAAAGAUCUCGUGCAGUUCAUUAAACAAAUACAAGCUCAAGGGCUCUAUGCCAGCCUCAGGAUCGGACCUUUCAUCGAGAGUGAAUGGUCUUACGGAGGUCUACCAUUGUGGCUGCGUGACAUCCCAAACAUUACCUUUCGAUGUGACAAUGAACCCUUCAAGGUUUACAUGCAAAACUUUACCACAAAUAUAGUGAACAUGAUGAAAGCAGCAGGGUUAUAUGCUUCACAGGGAGGCCCCAUCAUACUCUCACAGAUCGAAAAUGAAUACUCAAUGGUAGAAGCAGCUUUCAAAGAGAGAGGGCCACCGUACGUCAAAUGGGCUGCGGAAAUGGCUGCAGGACUUCAAACUGGAGUGCCCUGGGUGAUGUGCAGGCAAAAUGAUGCUCCUGAUCCUGUGAUUAAUGCAUGCAAUGGUAUGAAAUGUGGGCAGACAUUUGUCGGUCCAAAUUCACCCAAUAAGCCAUCCAUAUGGACAGAGAAUUGGACUUCUCAGUAUCAAGUAUAUGGUGAAGAUCCACUUUUGAGAUCUCCCGAGGACAUUGCAUUUCAUGUUGCUUUAUGGGUUGCAAGGAAUGGAAGUUUUGUAAAUUAUUAUAUGUAUCAUGGUGGAACCAAUUUUGGAAGGACAGCAUCUUCAUUUGUAAUAACAAGUUACUAUGACCAGGCCCCCCUUGAUGAAUACGGAAUGAUUAGGCAACCAAAAUGGGGACAUCUCAAGGAGUUGCAUACUGCAAUCAAGAAUUGUGCAGAAACAUUACUUUAUGGACAACAAACUAUUUAUUCUCUGGGAGAUAAACGAGCAGCCUAUGUUUUUCGCACAGAUUCUAGAAACUGUGCAGCCUUUCUGGUGAACGAAGGAGGACAAGAAGUUGAGGUGCCAUUUAAUAAUUCUUCCUACACACUUCCUGCAGAAUCAGUUAGCAUUCUACCCGACUGCAAGAACGUAAUCUUCAAUACUGCAAAGGUAAGCACUCAUUCUAAUUCAAGAUCAAUGGUACGAGGCAAGAUGUUGGAUGGAUGGGAAGAAUUUAUAGAGAAUAUUCCUAACUAUGACGACACCACGCUCAAAUCAAGCUCUUUAUUAGAACAAAUUGCUACUACCAGAGAUUCUUCUGAUUACCUAUGGUACAAUUUAAGGUAUGAACAUGAAUCCUCCAAUACGAAAGCCGUAUUAGAGGUUCACUCUCUUGGACAUGUUCUUCAUGCAUUUGUCAAUGGAGUACUAGUAGGAUCUGCACAUGGGACACAUCAGAAACCGAAAUUUAGCCUGCAGAAUACGGUUUCCUUAAACAAUGGGAUCAACAAUAUUUCAUUGCUAAGUGUGACAGUUGGAUUACCGGAUUCAGGAGCAUUUAUGGAGAAAAAAGGUUUAGGACUUUGUAUGGUGUCCCUUCAACUCCAACAAAAUAGUAAACUCAUCUUAACCAAUUCUUCAUGGGGAUAUCAGGUGGGAUUAGUAGGAGAGAAUUUACAAAUUUACACAGAUGAAGGAUCAAGUAAAGUUGGAUGGAAUAAGUUUUCGUCUUCCCGACAACCGCUCUCAUGGUACAAGACAGUUUUUGAUGCACCUGGUGGAAAUGAAGCAAUUGCAUUGAACUUUGGUUCAAUGGGGAAAGGUGAAGCUUGGGUUAAUGGUCAAAGUAUUGGUCGAUAUUGGGUGUCUAUUCAUACUCCUAAUGGCAUUCCUUCACAAACAUGGUACCAUGUGCCGAGAUCCUUCUUGAAACCUACAGGCAAUCUCCUAGUUGUACUGGAAGAAGAGGGACGUGGAUCUCCUCUAUCCAUCUCAUUAGACACGCCUACUAUUACAUGA